AUGGGUCGGAAGAGUUGUGCGCGUAGAUGGUGGCGCUUUGGACAAUAUCAUUCUUCAAAAGAAGUAGUUGCUGAAUCCGUUGCCUCAGCCAUGUCUGGGCCUAGUUUUUUCUUAUUUUCUGAUUCUCAGUCUCCACUUAGUCGUAACCCUAGCAGUAGUUAUGUUGAAAACACAACUGAAAAUGUAGAAUUAGAGGGUGGAAAAGGCAAAAAUAUUAAUGUCGCGUCAGUCGAUGAAACUCCCUACCUGUCAUUACCCGACACAAAUUCCGAACCAGUCAUAGGAGAUGUUCCUGUGACUGAUAAGGGAAAAGGUAAAGUUGUUGAGGAUUCUGAGUUAGGGGGAAGCCGACGUGAAUUCGUGCCUGAAACAGAGACUCAACCAGUAGAUGUUGAUUGUAGCGAUGAUUCUCAAUUAAAGAAGAGAAAAAUUGGUGUCGCACCCAAGAAGUGUUGGGAUUUCCUUGUGCCUAUUGACUUAGAUUAUAAACCAAAGGUUGAUUGGGAUACCAAUUGCCAUGUUAUUCGUCAAUUGAAAGCGAAUUUAUCAAAGCGGCAACUUCGACUGUUUAAGAAAACAUGCUUUGGCUAUUUUUUGGAUCUGCCACCAAUGAUUGUGCAGAUUCGUGUUAUGCACCAUUCGCUUAUGAGAGAAGUACAUCAUGAGGUUAAAAAUGAGAUGCGGUUUGUAGUGAAUGAUUCUAGGUUGCGGUUUGGCUUGGGUGAAUUUGCACUUUGUUGGGAUUUCCUUGUGCCUAUUGACUUAGAUUAUAAACCAAAGGUUGAUUGGGAUACCAAUUGCCAUGUUAUUCAUCAAUUGAAAGCGAAUUUAUCAAAGCGGCAACUUCGACUGUUUAAGAAAACAUGCUUUGGCUAUUUUUUGGAUCUGCCACCAGUGAUUGUGCAGAUUCGUGUUAUGCACCAUUUGCUUAUGAGAGAAGUACAUCAUGAGGUUAAAAAUGAGAUGCGGUUUGUAGUGAAUGAUUCUAGGUUGCGGUUUGGCUUGGGUGAAUUUGCACUUGUUACUGGGUUGAAAUGUAAGGGUGGUACAAGUAUAGAGAGCAUAGCAGAGAAUAGGUUGAUUUCAAAAUAUUUUGGGACUGCAUCCGUGACAUUUGCCCAACUAGCAGACUGUUUUAAGAAGAAGAAAUGGGAAACGGAUGAUGAUGCGUUGAAGAUAGCAGUUCUGUAUUUUGUCAACAGCUUCUUAUUUUCUCAACUCAAAACAAAGGCUAUUUCACGGUCUUACAUUGACUUGGUUGAGUCUGGUGAUUUUAAUAAUUAUCCCUGGGGUAUAGAUGUUUAUAAAGCUACAAUUGACUCGUGUUCCAAUAAGUUUCAAGAUAAGCCUUCUUUUUAUAGACUUGGUGGCUUCCGGUUGGCUUUACAGACUUGGUUGUAUGAAUGCUUCCCAAGUUUGGAUGGUCACUUUGCUGAUCAUCUUGGAAACAACAAACUUCUACGAAUUUUGAAAUGGGUAGUCUUGGGUCAAAUCCAUAAUGAGCGAGUUGCUUUGCAAAUGUGUAGCUUGCAACGCAAGCAGCUAAAGAACAUCACCCCAACUGAUGAUGAGAAGAAACAAUUUGAUGUGCGUGGUCUAAGCUUUGAAAUUGAAGUUGAGUGCACUGACAGCCAACCCAGCCAGCCCGAUAGCUUUCAGGUUUUUGGCACUCAAUUACCAAAGACACAAAGUAUGCCUGAAAGUACUGGAGGUGAUUCCCAACCUACCAAUGCUGAGGUAAUGAAGGAGUUACAAGCUUUGAAGCUUUUUGUAGAGAACAAGUUUGAGGAGGUGCUUGCAGCUAUUGGUAGGCAGUCAGUGAAACCAGAGGGAAAUUCAGCGCACAAGCAACAGGAUGAUGAUUUGCGUUCUGCCCCCUUCGUAAAUGAGCAUGAUUUUGGCUUGGAUUCUAACUUUGAACUAUCUGCAUCUGCAAUUGAUCAAAUCACCGCUAUUACACAACAAGAAACAUAUAAGCAGUCAUCUCAUGAUAUUAAAAAGUCGGGUCCUGCUCCGCUGCCAUCAGGAAUCCCUGUACAGACACGAGCAGAUGUUGUUAUUGAGUCUAAUACUGCUCCACAGGCAUAUCGGGUUGAUGGUGUUGGUCAAGUGGAUGUUGGUGGAAGUAAUGUGAAUUUGUCUUCUGCUCCAUGUCGACACGGGGGUGAUCUUCACUUGGAUUCUGAUUUUGAAUAUACUGAUUCUCAACUUGAUCUAAUUGCUUCCAUUACACAAGGAGGGAGACGUAAUGUAAAUCAAUCUGGAAAUGAUCUGACAACUCGUGCUGUAAAUAAGUCUAAACCUGAUCAGUCGGUAUCAAGAAAUAUUGUUCAGAUACAAACAGAUGUUGAAACUACUCCUGCAGUUUUAACACGGAAAAGGCGCCCCGCAGCUGUAAAACAGUCACCGUAUAGGAAUGACUGGCAAUCUGGUGUUAGUGCAGUUGGGGGAUCCUCGAAGGUUAUCAAAGGAAGAUUUCCAUUUGUAAAUGACAUUUCAGAGACUGUUGAUUUUAAGCUUACGACUGCAUUCUCAAACUUUGUUGAAGCAAACAUGCAAUUGGGAGAGGAAGUGUAUUUACCUGGUGAUCAAAAGCUAGAGCCUUGUUUUGACUUUGAAGUUGAACAGAUUGAUGAUAAGACGUUUUUCCAUACCUUAAACUAUUCUGGCAGGCCGCUCUCUAGUUCGUACUUGAAUAUUAUAUUCUACUAUCUUAGAAAGAAGGCGAAAUAUGGAAUUAAUAUGCCAAUCAAAGUCACAACUACAGAUACUCUUUUUAAUAAUAUCAUUCAAAGGGUUUUCACAGAAUUUGUAAAAGGUGGGAAACAAGAUCAUUUGAUUGAUAGAUCAGACGAUAUCAUGGAGUACAUGAAAGGAUUUAGGAUGCAUUGCAAUACUCCAUGGCACCAGGUUGAUCAUGUCCUUUUUCCAAUUAAUUUGGCAUUGGAUAUUGGGGUGUGUGUCAUUCCACAAGAGAUGUUUUUAUGUAUAUGA